CCACAUCUCACUACGAAGGUACAUUUAAACAGAACUGUGUGGUGUGGAGAGACGUGAGAGCGAGGAGAAAGACACAGACAACAACAACACCUGAUAUUCUCUCAUCAGGGAUCAAUCAGCCACAUCGGGCAUCAUCCUCUGUAUUCCUUGUGGAACUUGUUUGGGAAGAUUUUGGAGAUGUCCAACGUCCAGUUAUCGAGCAGCGCGCAGGAGAGGCUGGUGGCCAGGAGGACCUUCCCUCUCCACAGACGCACCAGCGUCUGUCGCAACCUCUUCGGACCGGUGGAUCACGACGAACUGAGUCGGGAGAUGAAAGCCAAGAUGCGGGAGAUUUCCGAGCGAGACCAGCAGAGGUGGAACUUUAAUUUCGAGGCCAACACCCCGCUGGAUGGGGAUUACGAAUGGGAAGAGGUACCCGUGGAUAAGAGCCCGGCGUUUUAUCAGGACUCUGUACAGAACGGCAGGACCAGGGUGCCUGCGACUCCCGUCAAGCAGUGCCCCUCCUCGGACUCUGUUCUCCCGGAGACCCCUAGCAUGGAUGUACUGGAGCGUUUGGUCGUCCCCGAGAGCAGCAGCACUCCCUGCCAGGUGGAGGUCAACCAGGAGAACCGAACAGACAAGCUCAACUCAGGGAAGCCGAGUCACAGACAGGUUCCGUGCGUUACCCGCAAGAGGACAGCCACUACUGACAACAACACACACAUCACAGACUUUUUCGUGAAACGAAAGAGGGCUGCCGAUAGAAAAUCUAAUGAUAUGAGCGCUUGCCACCUCUCCAAGUCUCCAAUCCCGGUGGAACAAACUCCACGAAAGAGGAUCCGUUGAAGGUGUUUUUUGCACAAUUUUGCCUGCGCAUUUUUCGAGGAUCAAGGGGGGAAGACGUUCGUCCCCGCCACUUAAAAGCUGGAAAGGAGGAUAAAGAACGGAGGGUGGGGAGAAAGAAACAGCCCCGUCCGACCGAACCGGCCGGCCGGCUGCCUCGGCUUGGUGUGCCCCGGCGGAGCGAAGCCUGAACACCGGACCAGACUCUCAGGACUGAACGGUUUGGGGAGGGAGAGGAGAAAGGGAGGAAAUUUCACCGAAUGACUUCUAUCCAGUACAAAUGUAGCAUUCAUUAUUGCUUUUGCAUACAGCCACUCGACAGUGUUAAAUGUUUUAACAUCUGUGCAAUCCUAAAUUACUUUUAAAAAAGAAUUGUCUACACUGGCCAAAAGUGUACAGCUUUAUAGAGACAAUAGCCUAUAAAUGUUUAUUUCUGUUCUGGUUUUUCUGUAAAUGUAUAUUUUUAAGACUAUUCUAACUUAUAAUUUAUUUAUGUUUCUUUAUAUGUGUUAUAUGCCUUGAUAAUUUAGCCAAAGGGCAUAUUUUUUAUUUUAUUUUAUUUUAUUUUGUUAUUUACAUCUUUUCCAUCGUGAUGUUUUGCAAUCAUGUAGCUUCCCUAUAGUAGUCCACACUUGAAAAAAUAGAUUUCUUUGUGUUUCUGAGCCGUUUUUUGUGUUUUCAUACAAGUGCCCUAAUUAUUGUCUUGCAAAAGAUGAGAAUAAAAUAUUUUUCACUUCAA